GUUUCUAGUGCCGCAAAUCUUAUAUCUCCUCUCCUCGGCGCUAGGGUUUUGAUAAUUCAAAUUCCAAUCGAUUGAAAAUUACAGUCUAUUGAAAGAUCACAAACUUCGAUUUCAAUCACUAUAAGUAAACAAAGGAGGAGAGAUGGAUCGGAAGAAGGGUGCACUUAAGAUGAUAGAGAACGAGGAAGAGAGGCGGGUGGUAUUCGAGAGGCUUCGUAAGGAACUCUUGGAAGAAGCUGCUGCUAUUAGUAGUGAGACUGGUGCAAACUUUAACUUCGUUGGUUUCACCCCUGAUGGCAAGGCUUUUAAUUUUGGUAGUUCCUCUGAUGGUAAAAUGUUUGAGCGAUUCAUUAGUGAAGAGAAAGUAAACGAGAUGCUAGCUGCAAACAAAGAUCAGGUGAUGAUAUCAGAGGAGGAAAGUGAUAGCGAAAUUGAAAGUGACAGUGAAGAAGAACAACAGGCAGAAGAAAAGAGUGAUGAGUUUUGGUGGGAUAACAUAGACAUGGAAAAGCUUGAUACUCCAGAGAAGGUUGAGGCUGUGAAGAAGGCAUUGCUUGAAGCGAAAAACAAAGUAAGCGAGAAGAGACAGAAACUAGCAUCAGGAGCAGCAACAGGUUCAACUGGUCAACAACAUUAGCUGCAUCUUAGAAGCACUAGCUUCAUUGGUUGGUUAACUUGAUGUUUGUUUAUAAUUAUGGGGUUAUUAAGUUAACUUAAUAUGUUUGUAAGAAGUGGCGUCACAUGUUUUUUAGUGAAGAUAGUAUAGUUGUUUCCCUUGCUGUCCAGUGCUUCUUGUUAUGUUGCA